CUUACACCCCGCUUCCAGCUAAUCAUUCAAGGGGGUCUGCAGGAUCACCUGGUCGGACAUCUCGGCGUUGUUUGGCUGCCCCGGAAAAUCAGAUUGAUCCAAAAAAAAAAAAAUCCCAUUCUCCAUGACGCCAUUUAACAGAUAUUUCAAUUGAUCCCAUAAAUGGCAGAUAUAUCAUACCGUGAAUAUCCACACCUUCGAUUUUCAUUCUCUCACUUUUCCCCUUAUUCAUUCCCACCUUAAUCCUUUUCUCUUUUUGCUCAAAGACCUUCCUCUUCCUCUAUGCAGAUCACAUCUAGAAUCAUGCCUAUAAAAUCACCCUUUGAGGCAUCCAUUGCCAAACCCGGACAAGGCAAUGUUGUCCUUUCACUACUACCUCCUUCGAACCCUACCUUAACGACCCUUACCUACAAAUAUCCCCUCAAGCUCCUCACAAGAACACCCGGCUACGUACCUCAAUCCUCCGCUCUAUCAUGUCCAGUUUCCCGUCCAGUCCACCUCUACCUCCUCACCUAUGGCGGCGGCCUCCUACCAGGUGACCACAUCGAGGUCUCAAUCAAGCUCGAACAAUUCACAAGAAUGGUUGUAACAACACCACAAGGAACCACGAAGAUCUACAAAACAGAGCCCAGCAGAAGCGUCAAGGGCCGCCGUGCCCCGGGGCGAGUAUUAUCAGACAAGAGCCGGCAAACACUAGACGUGCGGAUCGAGAAAGGAGCUGCAAUGUGUUACCUCCCCGAUCCAGCCGUACCAUACAAGGACAGCCGGUACGAACAAGUCCAAACAUUCACAGUCGACAGCACAACAAAGGGCUCCCAACGGAGCAGCCUUUGCAUGUUAGACUGGGUGACAGAGGGACGCAAAUCCCGAGGCGAGAACUGGGACUUCCACCUCUGGAAAGGCAAGAAUGAAGUCUACAGCGUCGACGAAUCAGGCAAAAAGAAGCUUCUGCUCCGUGAUUCACUCAUCCUUGAUGAAGAGCUCGACGAAGGGUCAUUAGAAGAUGAGCAUGAGACACUGAACCGCACUGGUGUUAUCCGGGAGCGAACACGGCCUCACGGUAUUGUGGGCACGUUGAUUCUCUACGGACCCGUGUUUGAGCGCCUUGCAAAUUUCAUCAUGGAUCGGUUUACUUCACAGCCACGGAUUGGAGCUCGCAAUUGGUCAUCUUCCGCCCCUGCGGCUGUAGAAGCACCUCCAAAUUUCGACUCGAAGGUCACAUUCACCGCUGCUCGUGUACGAGCCGGUUUUGUCCUGGUCAAGUUUGGGGCUGAUCAUUUCGAAACAGCCAAGGAUUGGCUAGGCAACAUUCUUCGUGAAGAGGGAACCGUUAUUAACGAAUUUGGGGAAGAAGCUUUGUGCUGUUUGUAAUUUGAUUGUGCAUUUUUCUGUUUUACUUUGUUGUUCAGCUUACGGGCAAUAGUCCCGAUCCUUUGCAUGCAGGCUGACCGCCACAAAACAAAACAAGAGGACUGUGGAAGUCUAUCAGAUGAUACCCAAAACUAGAUCCUAUACGAUCUUAUCUUUCUACAUAUCACAUUUGAUGCCCCAAAUACAAA